AUGGCUGUUAACACGACCACCUCGGCCAUUCAACUUCGUUCCCUUUACCGUGCUCUUCUCCGCGAGCUUCCACCGCGCCCCAUUCUCGCCAACCCGCGCUCCGCUCUACACUCUCAAAUUCGAGCCUCCUUCGCCAGCAACAGCAUCAUCAACGCUAGCGAUGCCAAUCACAGAUAUGCCGAGGCCGAGCAGGCGGUAAUCUAUCUGCGUUCUCAAAGGAAGUACGUGACCUUGCUCGAACGCUACAACCCAGGCAUGGAUAUGGACGACGAGGAGCGAGUGAGAUUAUCUGCUCGAAGGAUGGGUAUGAAUCUACCAAAGGCGUUCAUGGAAUGA